GAAGUCAUCUUGCCUCAUCUGCUCCUUUUAAGCCGGCAUUUUUGAGAGGGAGGUCCCUGCGAAGCAUAUACAAACACUCAGUCAAGCAUCCAUACUCACCCCACAGGCUGCACUAGUAGCUGGCAGAGAACUGACCUAUUCCUUCACACAGAACAGGAAGUUGAAGUGACCUGACAUCAAGAUGGCAACAAAGGGAGUCGGCAUGGCUAACAAAGGUCCAUCCUAUGGCAUGAGCCGGCAGGUUCAGGAUAAGAUUGACAGCAAGUACGACCCUGAACUAGAGCAGAUCCUGGUGGAGUGGAUCAACCGUCAGUGUGGUGCUGGUGUGGGAAAGCCUGAGGCAGGCAAAAUGGGAUUCCAGGCUUGGCUGAAAGACGGAUGUGUCCUGAGCGAGCUGAUUAACAGUCUGUUCGCUGGAGAUAAACCUGUGAAGAAGAUCCAGAGCUCAACCAUGGCCUUCAAACAGAUGGAGCAGAUCGCCCAGUUCCUCAGUGCUGCUGAGAAGUAUGGUGUCACCAAGACCGACAUGUUCCAGACUGUGGACCUCUGGGAAGGUAAGGACCUGGCAGCAGUGCAGAGGACCCUGUCAGCUCUGGGCAGCUUGGCGGUCACCAAGGAUGAAGGCACAUACAAUGGAGACCCCAACUGGUUCUUCAAGAAAUCGCAGGAGAACAAGCGAGACUUCAGCGACGAUCAGCUGAAGGCAGGCAAAAAUGUUAUUGGCCUACAGAUGGGGUCCAAUAAGGGAGCCAGUCAGGAGGGCAUGAGCUACGGAAGACCGCGACAGAUCAUGUAAAAUCACUGAGCCACAGAUACCCCAAACCACUUCAGCCCCUUUUCCCUGAUGCCCAUUACACCCUCUUAAAGCCUGUAAGCGUCUAACCGGUUCACAACAACCCCCUUUUCAUCUUAAACCCUUUCUGCUUCAGAAUUGAGCUUCUUUCUAACAAGUACCCCAUAUCCCCCAGUCUUUACACUUGCCCUAAACCCCUUAUGAAAAUGCUUGCACUGGUGACCAUUGCAAAAGGACCAGAACAACUGAAUGUUUGUAGUCUUAAGCGGAAAUAGUAACCAUAAAAAUGACCAACACAUUAUCUUGGAGAUAAAAACAGCAAGAUGACCAUGAGAGUAGUUGAGCUGUUCCCUCCCUCUACAGAGUUUACGAAACAGUUCUCAUAUCACAGAUAAGCGACCACUGUUUCCUCUCUGAAGCAAAACAAAUGUCUGAAUUAUGGCAUGUUUCCUAGAUUUUAGAAAUGGUUCUGGAUUUUGACACAAAUAUAAAUCUGUGUUUACAAAACCUUCAGAAGGGACAUUCUUUCUAAUUUGAGUGGUGAUACAACCCCCCCCCCCCCCCCCCCCCCCCCCCAUAGCAAUUCUCCUCAAUUUUACUGUUACAAAAUUCAUUAAUACUUCCCACAAUGCUACGCCUGCUGUAUCAGCACCAAUAUUUUUGUACAUUGUCCUAUUAAAUAAUGACUUUGAAAUACA